AUGAAGUUCACUCAUCUUAUAGGGCUGGGCCUUCUGGGAUUCGCACAAGCCAGCCCAACAACUACGCCCGUCAACCCCAGAGCGUCUACUUCCACGAAAAAUCUGCUAGCACAUCUGGUCCGGAUCGCGAGCAAUGGCACGACACUCUCAGGUCAACAAGAACUUGAAGAUGCGGACUGGGUAACCGACAAUGUGGGCUUCUCGCCCGCGAUUCUCGGGAUCGACCUGAUGGACUACUCUCCAUCAAGGGUGGAAUUUGGUGCUUCAGCCGCAUCCAUCGAAGACGCCAUCUCAUAUGCCGAGCGAGGGGGCAUCAUCACUGUCUGCUGGCACUGGGGAUCCCCUUCUGGAACGUACAACACAACUGAGCAACCAUGGUGGUCGAACUUCUACACGGAAGCCACCUCGUUCGACCUUGCGUCAGCAAUGAACCCGGCCUCGCCCGACUACAAGCUGAUUAUCCGCGACAUUGACGCCAUCGCCGAGCAACUAGCCCGAGUAAAGGACAUUCCAAUCCUCUUCCGGCCCCUUCACGAGGCCGACGGUGGCUGGUUCUGGUGGGGUGCAGCUGGCCCCGAGCCCUGCAAGGCACUCUACCGACUCCUGUUUGACCGGUUAACUAAAAAGCACGGCCUCAACAACCUCCUCUGGGUCUGGAACUCCAAAGAACCAACCUGGUACCCCGGCAACGAAUACGUGGAUAUCGUCAGUGUUGAUAUAUACGCGGAGGAUGGGGACCACUCGUCGCAGAUUGCCGAUUACCAGGCACUCCAGGGCUUGACGGGCGAUUUUGCGAAGCUUAUUGCCCUCGGCGAGGUGGGCAACAUUCCUGACCCUGAACUUAUGCGCAAGGACGGCGCACAUUGGGCUUACUGGGUUACUUGGAAUGGGGACUUUAUUCGGGGGGAGACGAAGAACCCGAUGGACUUCAAGGAGGAGGUUUAUUCUUCCAGGCUUGUUUAUACGUUGGAUGAGGUCCAGGAUUGGAGUCUAUAA